GUCUGCUGAGACCGCUUCCUUUUUUUCACGGGGGCGUCGGACCCGCCUCCGUUUCGUCUUAUGGACCAUCAUCGCCUGGCCCACUCGCGUCACAUCCUCCUCUUUCGUGACCUCUGUUCCUCCACGCGACCUGGCGCCUGCGCCAUCUUCCCACUCUUCAUCAUCAGCGAGGACCAGGCCCGCCAUCUCACCUUCAUCCCUCGCUGACUAGCAGCAAACCUGGUCCGAGUCUGGCGUCUGGCAUUUUUUUUACACCCAUUCUUGGCCCAUCAUGGCUCAAAAAUCCCAAUCAUCGGCCCAGUCCGAAGACCAGGCAGGUUCGGGCAGUCGCACCUCGUCUGUCAAGGACGGCGCAGGGUCACCAAGCUCGGCCAGGCAGUCUAAUAGCUCGGGUGCCGUCCCGUCAUCUACCCUGCCGCGCAUCUCUGACCCGACACCAAAUUCAACCUCCAACUCUGAAUCUCCACAGCCGCCACCAGCACCGGCCAUGGAGAAACAGUCGGCGGCCGGCUCGCAGCCCUCGCCCUACGGCACGCGGUCGCGGAACCGCACCGGCGCGGCUCGCCCAAAUUAUGCCGAGGACAAGGAUCUUGACCUGGACAUUUUCGAUGCAUAUCCGCAGCGGAAAGAUGACGACUCCAAAAAAUCCGGCAGUAAGCAGCAAGGUGCAUCGUCAACGUCGACGCCCGCCAAUUCGUCACAGACGGCCCCACGCUCCGGCAAUGGAUCCUCAAAAAAGCCACAUCCGGACGACGGCAAGCAACAAAACGGCACCAAAGACCAGCAUUCAAAUCACAACCAGUCGUCAGCAACGGCACCGUCAUCAUCGUCGUCGACGACGACGACGACUGGUAAUGGCACCUCCAGCGCGGCAAACGGCACCUCAAAGGGAAAGAAGCGCAAGGCUGGCGACACAGCGUCAACGGCCAGCGGCAGCCAAACGCCGUCAGGGUCGAACGGCGCCUUAUCCUCAUCAGCCCUGCAAAAGCGCCUCGGAACUACCGGGCAAGGCAGCGGAGACGGAAAACCAAGCUUUACACGCUACGGCGAGACGAACAUGCUCACCUUUGAAAACUGCAAGGCCCGCCCGAAAGAUGGGAAAAUGAUUGCAGACGACGGCACGGUACUCGAGGUGAAUGAUCAUGUAUACCUGGUGUGUGAGCCGCCUGGUGAGCCCUAUUACCUCGGUCGCAUCAUGGAGUUCAUGCACAUCAAAAAUGACCCAACGCAGCCCAUUGACGCGCUGCGCAUUAAUUGGUACUACCGGCCCAAGGACAUCGGGCGCAAGGUGCAAGACACUCGCCUUGUUUUCGCCACGAUGCAUUCCGACAUCAGCCCCCUGACGGCGCUGCGCGGGAAGUGUCAGAUCCGGCACAAGGCCGAGAUUGAAGACAUGGCUGCCUACAAGCAGACGCCCGACUGCUUCUGGUACGAGAAGCUCUAUGACCGGUACAUCCAAAAGAACUACGAGGUGAUCCCGACGCGGCAGGUCAUCAACGUCCCGGAGCACGUCAAGAAGGUGUUAGACGAGCGAUGGAAAUACGUCCUGACGGAGCAGGGCCGGGGCAAGGAGCUGACCAGUGCGGUCAAGACGUGCAAGCGAUGCACCAACUACUGCGCGAACACUGAUUCGGUGGACUGUGCCGUGUGCCAAAACACGUACCACAUGAACUGCGUCAAGCCACCCCUGCUGAAAAAGCCGAGCCGUGGCUUUGCCUGGUCGUGCGCCGCAUGCAGCCGGGCUCAGGAGCGCAAGCUAGAGGCCCGCCACACGCCCAACAUAUCGGAUUCUCGCCUCAACGAUGGCGAGGACGACGAGGGCUUCGACGAUGAGGACGAGGACAUGGGCGGGGCCGACGGCGCCGACGGCGCUGACGGUGCCGAGACGGGUCGCACUAGCCGCACCAGCCCGGCCGAGGAGAACCCGCACCCACCGCCGACCGCCGAGCAGAUCUACCAUGCCAGCCUAUGGCCUUACCGGUACUUUGGCAUGCACUGCAAGGUGGAAGACGCCCUUGAUCUGGACGACCGUAUCUUCCCCCGGGCGAGUACCCGGCUAGGCCUGCGCCACCAAGCCGUCGUGCCCCCUUGGUAUGGUCGUCCGGUGCAAUAUGUCAAGCCGCUCGAGUUCAAGAAGUCGGGCAAGGGCAACGGCAAGCUCACAAAAGAACAGCAGGCUGCGCUCGAAGCCGAGCGCAUCGAAAAGGAAAAACGACCCAAGUGGAUCCAGGACGAACCUCCUGGAUACAUUGAGCGGGGCGGCGACGAUACGUCGACGCUCCUUUUCAAGCCGCCCCAGGACUGCGGCGUGGACAUGUCCAGCGAGGAGCUCGACGACUACAUGAACACGGCCAGGUCAAUGGCAGUCUCGCUCGGGCUGCCGCCGCACUCCACCAACCUCCAGGACGUCGCAAGAGAUCUCCUGUUCCGCCACGGCUUUGACGCGAAGAAGGCCCUCGAGGAGCUCACCAAAGUUCCAAAGGCCGACUUCGGGGAGCCCGAACUGACGCCCGCAGAGCAAAAGAAGUUCGAGGAGGCCGUAGCCAAGUACGGGUCCGAGUUGCACAGCGUCAAGAAGCACGUCAAGACCCUGAGUGCUGCAACCAUAACUCGCUACUAUUACACCUGGAAGAAGACAGAACGCGGGCAGCAGGUUUGGGGCAAUUAUUCUGGAAGGAAGGGGAAGAAGGACGCCAAAAAGGCCGAGGCGGCGGCCAACAAGCUGGCCGACGAUGUCGCUGACGCCCAAGACGAUUCGGCCUUUGACACAGAAAAGGCGAGGGAAAAGAAGAAAUCCUUCGUGUGCAAGUUCUGCGGCACCAAGAAGUCUCGCAAGUGGCGGCGCGCUCCGGUUGCCGCCGUGACCCCCGUGACGGAGAACGGAGGCAAGAACUCCAACAAGGAAAAGAAAGAGCAGUUCAUCCAGGCGCUCUGCAGGCGAUGCGCCGAGCUGUGGCGGCGGUAUGCCAUCCAGUGGGAGGACGUUGACGAGCUGGCCAAGAAGGUUGCGCAGACGGGUGGUCGUGGUUGGAGGCGCAGGGUCGACGAGGAUCUGUAUAGGGAGUUGGUCGCGAUCGACAAGAUGGUCAGCAACACUCGGAGUCCGACACCGGAAGAAGACGCGACGGCGACCCCGGCACCAUCCCUGAACGGCCAGGCCGCCGCCACGGAGCCACCGCGGAAGAAGUUGAAGAAUAGCUUGGUCGACAAGGAAUCGGAGAAGACUCCGUCCGAAUCGGGCAGCGUAGCCGGCGGCCCAACGUCCAAGAAGAAGGAGAAGGAGAAGGCCGAGAAACAGGCGUCGCAAGCCCCGGCGCCACCGCCUGCCCCCGAGAUGCCCAAGCCGAAGACGCUACCGUGUGCCAUUUGCGGCGAGAUGGAGCCCAUGGGUGAUCAGCACCUGGCGUGCAGAGAGUGUCGCCUGACAGUGCACCGCAAUUGCUACGGCGUAAUCGAUAACCGAGCUCCCGGGAAGUGGACCUGCGACAUGUGUCUGAACGACAAGAAUCCCCAACUGUCAAUUCACUACAAAUGCGUCCUCUGCCCCAUCGAGUUCACGCCGCACGAUUUUGUGGAGCAACCCAAGAUAUCCAACUCUCACAAGAAGAAGACGGAGAAGGAACGGGAGCGGGAGCGGAUGGAGCGUGAAAAUGCCCAGCGAGCGGCCGACUACUACCGAAAGAAGCAGGAAGAGAUGAAUCGUCCUGUCAACCCCCGCGAACCGCUCAAGCGGACAGCCGACAACAACUGGGUGCACGUCACCUGCGCCGUGUUUACGCCCGAAGUCAAGUUUGGCAACGCAAAGGCACUCAGUCCCAGCGAGGGUAUCCCACUGAUUCCGCGGGCUUCGUACGCGGAAGUGUGCGAGGUCUGCAAGAAGACCGACGGCGCGUGCGUGGAGUGCCGCCACUGCCACACGCCCGUCCACGUCGAAUGCGCUCGCCAGGCCGGUUACAUCCUCGGCUUCGAGCUGACACCGGUCAAGGGCUCUCGGCGGGACCAGUCUCGGAUCGUCACCAUCAAUGGGAACAGUGGUGCGAUGUCCGCUGGCGUUUGGUGCAAGGACCAUCAGCCGACCAAAACCACGGUCUAUCGAAUGAACGAGGUGGUGGCGGAGGACGGAACCAACGCUUUGCAACUCUUUGUGCAAAACUUCAAACAAGCCGAUCUCACCUUGACGGGCUGCGCGAGGAAGGCGAACCAGAUCACGGUUGCGUCCAAGAUGUCGACCUCACCUUCAUCCACCACAACUCAACAUAAUCGGCGGGCAUCGCUUCUAGCGACAGCUCAUGGUGAUCACGAGGACGCGCCGAGUUCUCUCCAGCCCGGCGGCAAGAUUUGCCUGACGUGUGGCAUCGACGUCAGCCCUAGAUGGCACCCUAUCGACCAGACGCAGGAAAGAGAGCUCACGAACGGUUAUCGCGGCAGCAUUGGUUCCGAAGCGCAAAAGUUUGUUGAGCAGCGCAGCUUCCAAUGUCACAAGUGCAAGAAGGCGGGCCGGCAGCCAACGAUUCGCUCAGUACCCGCUCGGGAGCCGACUCCUCCCCCUGAACCGGCUCGGCAGGCUUCGCAAGCAGCCUCGGCAAUCCUGCCACCUAGGAUUGACGAACAAAGACAUUCGAAUCGAGGACCAUAUGGCUGGCCUCCGGCCCCUGGGCCUUCUUCGGCGGUGCAGGCCCCCAUCCUUCAGGCUCCAGCACCCGGGCCUAUGGCUCACCCUGUUGGACCUCCCGUGCAGACCCAGCCUGUAGCGCCCCCGGCGCUCCCCCCGGCCAUAGCGCCUCGGGGACCACCGGUCCAACCUCCUGCGGCUUACGCAUCCCCUCGCACUUACGACUGGCACCGGUCAACGACUGGCCAUGGUCCGCCGCCGCUCCACCCGUCUCGCGAAGUCAACGGCGGUCCGUCCCCACCGCCUUCUUCCAUGCCUCCCCUCGCGCCGCCUAAUCAUCUCCGGCCGCCGCCGAUUAGCAUCCCUCACUCUACAGCACAGUCGCCGCCGAACGGCCACGGGCACAUGGCACAGCCGCCAUUCGUUAACGGCGUUCAGCACCCUCCGUCUCCACGGCGCUCUAACGGCCCGCCUCCACCCCCGCCCAACGGGCCGCCGGGGCCGUAUCACCCCCAUCACAGCCACCCUCCGCCGGAUUUACGCCCGCACCACAUACCGCCCUUGAACCCGAUCCCGCCAGUUGGGAUGGCACACUCCGCCGGCGCCGAGGCCCCACACCCACCGAACUAUCUCAGACAAUGGGGUAGCCAUCAUCAGAGUCAUCAUUCCCACGGCCCACCCCCGCAACAUCACCAUCAUGGGAGUCCUCCGCCGCCCGGUCCCCCUCCGCCGAUGAGAGACGGGCCUUCUUCAAUGGCGCAUCAUGAGUCUGGUAUGCAGCCGCAUCCGCCGCAACAUCCCACAUCACAGCAUCCUCCGCCUCAGCAGCAGCAACAGCAACAGCACAGCCAGCACAGUCAGCAUAGCCAGCACAGCCAGCACAGGGAGAAUAGGCCUGCUAGUGGAGCGAGUGCAAGCCCGUCAUUGAGGAACCUGCUUUCCUGAAGAUGAGCGAAAACAACAACGGUGGGACGGAAGUUGAUUACUAGCAUACUGCGUUGAAGGGAUCCUGGUCAUGGUCAUUAUAUUAUUUUUUUCCCAGGUAAAUGCCCUGGAAUUUAUGGAUUUAAGGACAAUCGAUGUCUGUUCCAGCCGAUGGGAUCCCAAAUGUCCCCCUUUUCAACUAUCUGCCAUGUUGCCAGGAUAAAUUAGGGUACUAUUGUAUAGUAACUGUAUUUUCGUUCCGUUUUCCUCAUCGGCUUUCAUCACUAGGGGUGUGACUUAGAGGGCCAAGGCAUGGAAAAAGCGUGUAGAACUGUUGUUUGGCUUAAUUGAUUUUCGGGUUCCCUCUCCCCUGUCCUCUUGUUCAUUGCUGCCAUAGGUGGAAGCACA